AUGCAUUUGCGCUACCUGACACUACUCGUGGCUAGUUCCGUGGCUGUUACUACCUUAGCUCAGACCGCGAAGAAUGAUUUGAAUUCUUCUUCGUUGCGACAACUGCCUUCGACCACGGUUCAUCCGAUGACAAGCGGCCUGGACACUCAUUUGUCACCUAGUGCCACCAAUGAAGAGGAGUCUCGUAUAUCCCUUACGAGUUUAUUUCUCUCCAGGCAAAAAAGUCCCUUUGAAAACCACUUGCAUGUUGCUGAGACGAAAAAUAUAAAGAAACUUUCGAAAGAGUUGAAAUACCAAAAAUCCGCGCGGGAUGCCUAUCUUGUGGCUGGACUCGAUCAAGUGGCGGACAGUGAGCUCCUUACCAAGGAAGCCUGGAAAAAGUGGGCUUUAUUUGUCAUCAAGAUGAACAAGAAGCAAGAUCCGGUAGCCGUUGUCCUAGAUGCUAUGGAACAGCAGUUGACCGUACCGCGCUUUCUCAAGAUACUGAUCAAAGGAUCAGACGAUCAGAAUUCGGAGAAAAUAGCCAAGCCUUUGUUGUUCGCAAAAGAGCAAAAGUGGCUCUGGCAAAAUUACACACCACUUAACGCCUUGAAGGAUCUCGAGAUCGAUAAGCACAUUUUAAGCUUGUUCAGCAACGAUCUGUAUAAUUUCUGGUCUACGUUCGUACAAACUCACCAUUUAUCCGAACCGAAUGGAAAAACAGAGUAUGAAUGGUUGCAAGAAGCUUUUCCUAUGGAUAACGAAUUUCUCGAGGUUCUCACUUCAGAUAAGAAUGCUCGAUCUUCGAACGGCUGGGAGAUGCUGGUCAAAUAUGUAAACGAACAAUCGGACCCGACGACGUUCUACAAACAAUUUAUGCACUCCCGAAGUGUACUAAGAAUAUACUUCACUAAAAAUCCCCUUCCUGCGCCGCAGCAAACAAAAUUGAUGGAAUUGACCGACCCAGAUGGUGAUUUUGGUAUAGAGCACCUUAAAUCGUGGCGCAAUUUCAAAAAGACUAUCACCCUCCCAAAACCGGACAAAAUUUUGCCAGCACUUGAGACCAGUGAUUUGGUCUGGCGUAUCUGGUUCCAUUACGUAACGUCAAUCAUGAUAAAGUACCCAACCAUUGCCCCCGUGACUAAUACAGUUGCUGCUUUGAUCUCGAAUGAUAUCACACUUAUUAGAACAUUUGUGGAUGCUUUGAUUGAAAGAUCAUUUGGACCGAGCAAGGUCUUUAUGAUGGUGCAGCACAGUAAAGCUAAUGAUGCUGAGCGUGUGGAAAAUGUCUGGAAGGAGUUCCUCAACAAAUAUCAGGAGAAGAAGCCUACGAUUAUUAAAAAGUUGCAGGAUUUUAUCAAACUGAGCAGUAAGCACAGCAUUACGGAGAAGGACAUUGAAGACAUGCGUGCAAUUGUAGAUUUCUGGGCAAAGAGUCAAGCAAAUCCGGAAGUUGAGCUCGAGUCGUUGAUCUUUACUGCUGACGCCACUAGGGUGUUGGAUCACUGGGUCGAUUGCAUUGAUUACUUCCUCAACAUGAUGCCGGUGGAAAAGAUGGUCAGUCAGUCCAAGCCAACAGAUGUGUACCUCAAUAUGCUGAGAAUGCUGAUUGUGAUACGUGAUCUAGGCCAUUUCUCGAGCCGCAACACUUUGAAGAAGCACGAGUUAAUAUGGACGAAGCAUUUUAAGUCUGCGGAAAGUAUAUUCACGGUAUUAAAGCUCGACGACGCUUGCAAAAAAAAAUUAAUGCUGGCAAAGGAAGAAAUGUCUAAAGCUCAAAGCAAUCACCAGAUGAAAUUGGUAAAGCAGUUACAAAAACCUCCAAUGGUGAGAGCUGGCCCACACGUUUCUUCUCCUCGUUUAUCGCAGCAUGGAAAUCCUGGUCCGAGAUCAUCAUCGAAGUCUCCAUCUGUGCUUGACAGUAACAUUGGUAUAUAUUAUUAUCAAGCUAUGUCACAGCUGCUGGAGAAUCCAUUGCUUCACUUCUAUCGUGAAUGCGAAUUAGAACUAAAUAAUGUGCAUCAUACCCACACAACGUUGUUUGAUACGCUUCUUGACGUUUUUGAAGGAAAAGAUUUGCUGCGUGCAUUAACUCGAAUACAUCUCCAAGAGAGACAGAACGUCAGUCAAAAGGGAGAGAAAAAGCAGAAAGCCAAAGCUGCUAAUAGUAAAAAGAGACCAGUUUUGCAGCUUGGAUGUUGUUUUUGUGUAAAGCUAUUGGAGUCUUGGCUGAUCAAACGUUUGCGGAUGUGUUGUAUCAGAUAUUAA